UGGCUGAUACUGGCUUUACAACAUGGCGGCCUUAGGGAGGCGUUUUUCAAGCUAACUCAAGCGUUGACUGCAGGAGACUUUAAUUACUAUUUAUCUCGUGGAUUUCAUCCGUGUCAUCGUGGUAGCACGAAUGUUUAGUUUAUCUGGCGAGUAGCAGUGCAAGCUAGGUGUUGGUAGGCAGUCGCCUGACGCAAUGGAAUGUUCUUCACGGACAGCGUGUUUCAUAGUGCUCCUUGCAAGUUUUCUGUGUGUCGAAGGAGCCCUUAGCAACCGACGUUCAGUUCCAUACGCCUCUUCUCAGAGAGCCCGUGUCUGUGCCGCCCGUGAAUAUUGACGACGUCCCCGAUGACCGGCCAUGGGAGAACUGCACGAAACUGCUGGAAACAAUUGCCGAAGUGACAUCACUGUUCGAGCUAUGCGCUCUGAUGAAUGCCCAGCCAUUCACAAUGUGCAUGAACUGUGCUUCGCUGUACGGGAACGCUAUUGGCAUCUUCUACCAGCUUACCACUAACACUACAGAUCCGGAUACACGGCUAUGCCGGCACCAGUUUUUCUCGUCCGCAAAAGUGUCCAUUGUUGACAAAACCUUUACUCACAUACAGGACCUCUGGAGAAGUGCCUCAUGCGAUGGUUGCUAUCAGAAUCCUGUGGUAGGCCGCACCAACCAUACGAUACGCAAUGAAACGCUCAUGUUCAACAACAAACUGGCUGCGAUGAACAAAUGCAUUAACCAAUCUGAAGUGCAGUCCAAGAACAUCACAGACUUAUGUGUGACUUGUGAACCACCGUACAGGGAUCUCAACAACUUUUACAACAGUCUUGUCCAAAAGAGCAAGGAUGGCAACAUUUGUUUUGACAUGGUUGAUGCUAUGAACGCAACUCGGUUCCUGUGGAGCUCCCACCUCUGCUCGGUGCACCACUACCAGAACACGCCAGCCUUUGUCGUGGCCGGAGUAGUGGCACUUCUGGUGACCCUCUUUUAUGGUGGAGCUGCCACCAUCAUCACUCCGCUGAACACUGAACUAGUCCAACCUAAACGUCUGUUGAGGCGAAGAUCACGUUAUGGCUCUGCAUCACCUGGCAGCUGCUCCCCACGAGCCAUGUCAUCGUGACGCACAUCCUUGCAGUCUUCCCGACCGUUAGGGGCAGCAUAUCUGCCUCCGUUAUCUUUGAGCGUGUAUAUAUUAUGCUCAAUUAUUGAGCAUGUAUUUAUUAAGCACUUGGUUGAUUUACGUCACCCUGCUUUUUACAUCUUGUGCAUCUGCUCCAAGCAGGGUGGCAAGCUUUAGACAGCAUGUAUAUAUACAUAUAUACACACAAUGUGUUUAUGUAAUAAUGUAAAUUUUCUACUAGUUUUUAAUGCAUAUUUGCCUGUUUUAUGGUUGUUUCUAUAAGCCUGUUGAAUAAAGAAUGUUUGAAGUCAAGUU